AGAGAGAGAGAGAGAGUCCGGGUUCCAAGUCCAUGUGGAACGUUUGAAGCCGCUUUGACAUUUUGUUUGGCUUUGACACUUUGGGGAAAGUGCGUGUAUUUGUUUUGCUGUGAGGACAGACAGGUUUUGUUGUGUUUUCCAGACAGUUCGGAGGCAGCUGCUGUCUGUCUGUCUGACUGACUGACUGACACACAUCUGGAAGCGACACAGACCGGCGGAGGGCGGCUGUCCACCUCCACCAUGCCUGUCCGACAAAAAGAUGCGCAGCGAGCCUUGGAGCUGCUUCAGCAGUACCGGGCCAAACUGGAUCAGCGACAGCAAAAGCAGAACCGGAACAAGCAGGGUGGUGCAGAGGAGGACCACCAGCUACAGCAGUCUUUGGACAGAGUCAUCAAUAUCUUCCAAAGCCAGCUCUUUGUUGCUCUGCUCGACAUCCAAGAGUACUAUGAGGUGACACUUCUAGCAGACAGCCAAUGUUCUGUAGAUCACACAAAUGAUGGAAAGGGUCUCCCUACCUCCUGUGAUCUGCCAGGAGAACUCUCAGCCCAGCCAAAGAUCUCCUCUGGCAUUGCUGCAGCGGAAGCUUCUGGAGGAAUUACCCCAACCCACUCUGAAGCCUCCAAACGCAAAUCGGUCAAAUCUCCUGCCCCUCCUGUACCAUCUGGAGCCCUCACAACCCACUCAGACACGCCUCAGUCACAACUAGCCAAGGCUAAGUACUGUGCUCCACUUCCCCCCAUGCAGGGUGGGAACUCCAAGCCUUCAUCUCCCUCUGCUGCCACAUCAACCGGGCUUACCGCAAAUGGUGGUGAAAUCCUUAUGGGCUCCUUGUCUGCAAAAGCACCUCCUGGUCUAUUACUGAAUAGACCAAAACCACAAGUUGUCACCCCCAUGUCUGGUGCUGUUCCAGGAAGCUCCACCGCUACUGUGACAACAAGUAAUCCUGCCUCUCCUGAUCCCAAUCUUGGGACUGUCUCAGCCCUGGUCUCCAGCACUGUCCAAGGUCUUGUUUUGCCAACCAUGACUGGUCCGGACAAAAUCACCUACACCAUUAAUGCUGCUAACCAAAGUCCAGAUUUGAACAACGUCACAGAUGCAACCAUCACUUCUAUGGCUGUCACACCGAGCAAGGACCAUGUCACCGGCAAAGUAACAUCCAACCUGAGUCCAGUGAGCCCCAAAGUCACCCCUAGUCUUAGCACAAAAAUCAUCUAUAGUCCAAGUUCGAUUAGCCCCAAAGUCAUUAUGAGUCCGACUAGCCCCAAAGUCAUCUCUAGCCCGAGUGCAACUAGCCCCAAAGUCAUCUCUAGCCCGAGCCCAACAAGCCCCAAAGUCAUCUCUAGCCCGAGCCCAACUAGCCCCAAAGGCAUCUCUAGCCCGAGUCCGACUAGCCCCAAAGGCAUUUUUAUCCUGAGUCCGUCUAGCCCCAAAGUCAUCUCUAGCCCGAGUCCGGGUAGCCCCAAAGUCAUGUCCAGCUCAGGUCCAACUAUUCCAAACCAGAAGAAAUUUACCUUUGGGAGCCAGAGCUCCACCGUCACCCUGGAGACACCAACUAAAGUGCCCCGUCUGAGUCCGUUGAGUCUUGGACCACUAAAAAUGGCCUCUUCUACACCAAGCCAUGGUCCAGCCAGCUCCAAGUCACCAGUGUCUCCCAACAAGAAAUACCGGUGUCAAGAAGAGGAAGGUGCCUCGCCGGGCGUCCCGAAACUCCACUCGCACACCUGCCAUCAGCACCCGAUGGGAGUAGCGAGAAAGUUGAGGGAUGGGGGGACUCUCGGAAGGGAGGGAGGCACCUGGAGGAGAGCCAUAGAGGGCGCUGGGACUAUGGAGAGGGAGCGAGAGCAGUCACUGCGGAGAGGCGGCUCUCUUGGUCGCCAUGGAGUCCUGCGAGGGGCGGAGCUGGUUCAGGUGGCCGAGCGGCAGCUGUCGCAGAUUCAGCACGUUCACGGAUAUGUCAGUCACGCACACGUCACGCCCCCUCAGGCCAACCCCCCUCCAGUGGUGGUCAACACCGAAGGCGUCGACAGCCCCUCAUAUGUCAAUGGCACAGAAGCAGACUAUGAGUACGAGGAAAUUACGCUGGAGCGGGGUAACUCAGGUCUGGGGUUCAGUAUCGCAGGGGGAACUGAUAAUCCCCACAUCGGCGAAGACCCCUCCAUCUUCAUCACCAAAAUUAUACCUGGAGGGGCUGCUGCCCAAAAUGGACGACUCAGGGUGAAUGACUGUAUAGUCCGAGUGAAUGAGACAGAUGUCAGGGAGGUGACCCACAGCGGUGCUGUGGAGGCGCUGAAGGAGGCAGGAGGCCUGGUCAGGUUGUACAUACGGCGUAGGAGGAGCAUCACGGAGAGAGUCACAGAUAUCAAGCUAAUCAAAGGACCCAAAGGUUUAGGGUUCAGUAUAGCAGGUGGAGUUGGAAACCAGCACGUCCCAGGUGACAACGGUAUCUAUGUAACAAAGAUCAUCGAGGGAGGGGCGGCACAUAAAGAUGGACGGCUACAGAUAGGGGACAAACUUAUAGAUGUGAACAGCACUUGUUUGGAGGAGGUGACUCACGAGGACGCAGUGGCGGCUCUAAAGUCGACUCCCGACGUUGUGUACCUCCGUGUGGCCAAACAUACGUCCCUCUUUAUCAACGACAGCUUCCCCCCACCUGACGUUACUAACUCAUACACACCACACCAGGACAACCAUGUAAGCCCCUACAUUAGCGGCAGCCAGUCUGUAAGCCCCGCCCCCUUGACCACACCAAGAUACUCACCCCUGCCCAGGGCCAUGAUGGGGGAAGAUGACGUCACCAGGGAGCCCAGGCGGGUGGUGCUGCACCGGGGUUCCACGGGUCUCGGUUUUAACAUUGUAGGAGGUGAGGAUGGAGAAGGAAUCUUCAUCUCUUUCAUCCUGGCUGGAGGUCCAGCUGAUCUGUGUGGAGAGCUACGCAAGGGAGACCGCAUCCUGUCGGUGAACGGUGUGGAUCUGUCCAGUGCAACACACGAGCAAGCAGCAGCAGCUCUGAAGAACGCAGGACAGACUGUGACCAUCGUAGCACAGUACAGACCAGAAGAGUACAGUCGUUUUGAGGCGAAGAUCCAUGACCUGAGAGAACAGAUGAUGACCAGCAGUGUCGGGUCCAGCUCCACCUCGCUCCGCUCCUCGCAGAAACGCACACUUUACGUCAGAGCGUUGUUCGACUACGACAUGAGUGCAUCCGAUCAAAGUGCUCCCAGUCAGGUGCUGGCAUUUAAUUUCGGGGAUAUUCUCCACGUGAGCAGCACUGGUGAAGAGGAGUGGUGGCCUGCCCGUCACCUCAACCCCCCAUCCCCCAACUGCCCUGAGGUCGGGGUCAUCCCAAGCCGAAGGAGGGCAGAAAAGAAGGAACGGUCCAGACUAAAGACCACCAAAGUGUCAAGAAGCCAGGACAGAGCGGAUCAGGAGGAUAAAGCUGGCCAGGAGGAGACCUUCCUGACCUACCAACCCGUCAUACAGCAGGAAGCAAAUUACACACGGCCGGUCAUUGUGCUUGGACCUAUGAAAGAUCGCAUCAAUGAUGAUCUCAUCUCAGAGUUCCCCAACAAGUUUGGCUCCUGCGUCCCACACACAACACGGCCACGGAGAGACUAUGAGGUGGACGGCAGAGAUUACCACUUCAUGUCCUCCAGGGAGCUCAUGGAGCGAGAAAUCCAAGAACACAAGUUUAUCGAGGCCGGGCAGUACAACAACCACCUGUACGGAACCAGCAUACAGUCUGUUCGAGAAGUUGCUGACAAGGGUAAACACUGUAUACUUGAUGUAUCAGGAAACGCAAUAAAGCGUCUCCAGAAUGCAGGCCUCCAUCCCAUUGCUAUCUUCAUUAGACCACGCAAUGUCGACAACAUCCUAGAGAUGAACAAGCGUUUAACGGAGGAGCAGGCGAGGAAGACCUUUGACAGAGCUGUCAAACUGGAGCAGGAGUUCACGGAGUACUUCACUGCUAUAGUCCAGGGCUCAUCUCUAGAAGAAUUGUAUGCGCAGGUGAAGCAGAUCAUCGAGGAGCAGUCCAGUCCUUACAUCUGGGUGCCCAACAAGGACCGGCUCUGAACCAACACACAUGCACAUGGCACUCAUUCAUCACAUUCCUACUGUAGUUUUCAACGAUCAGCCUGUUUCCGCUCUCGCUUUCGCACCAGAGUUGGGGUCGAGUACAUCGAAAGUACUUGAGUAAAAGUAUGAAUACAUUGCAGAUUAGAGAGCACAACUGCAUCCAAAUAUUAAAUUGCUUGAGUGUAUUACUAAGUACAUAAUUACAAAUAUUUUUCACAUUAUCUAUCAAAAGGCAGCUCAGUAUGGUUAUUUAGGAUAAUGCUGUCGAAUUUGCAUAAAUUGUACCACAAUGUUUACAGAUGUAUAAUAAACAGUGUCACUAUAUCACUAAUUUACACUAUAACUUCACGUGUUUGUGCAGAUUGAAACAAGAUCACUUCUGAGCAGCCUGCAUAGAAUCUUGAAAUUCCCUCUAGCGUUCCUGAUAGAAGUAAAGCCCUAUGUAAGACCUGAGGCCCAUUGGUGCCAGUGGUUGUCCCUAGAUUCUGUAGCGCGAAGCCGAUGAGAGUCUAUGACUCCCCCUAGAUGGUAUGCCAGUCCAACACAUAUGACUUCCUCAACCAAGGUCAGUACUCAUUGUAAAGCUGGGUGGACAGGUAGUGAGACUGGGAUUUGAACUCAGGUCUACAUAUUGAUAGCUGAAGUCCUUAUCCCAGUGAUCUACUUGCACCACUGCUAUCUGUUGUUUGGUCCAGUCUAUACCUCUAGUUUCCCUGGUGCUAUGGUUAAAUAUCCCAAAUAUCCCUCUUGAUUGUCUUGUGAAAAACUCAGUGAACUGUGACUCUGGGUACACGCCACACGUCAAGUUAUAUCAGUGAGAUUAGACAGAUAGAUGAUUUUUAGGCAAAAGAUACAAAAUGAUCACACUUCCAUUGUAUAAGGUGUUGGCACAAGCCUGUUGCGUGCAUAAUACAUCAUUUGUGGGGGGUCUAGUUUCCAAAGCGGUCGGCUUGUGAUCAGAGGAUCCUGGGUUCGAUUCACCACCAGACAGGAAAAUGUCUAACGUCCCUUGGGCAAAGUCCCUUAAUCCCCAAGUUGGUCCUGCUCUUGCAUGGCAGCACCCUGACAUUGGUGUAUGUGUGAAAGUGAGGCAUCAUCGCACUGCGCUUUGAACAUCUGCUCCAGAUGGAAAAGCGCUGUAUAAAUUAGUCUAUUUAUAAAACAGCUGAUGAAGAGAUACGAUCAGUUUUCUGUUGUUAAAGGAGUGAACAUGAGCUGCACAUCGUGCUAAAGGUGUUGAUUCUGCAUGAGCUGCUCAGUAAGUUGUUUGCAAGAAACUUGUACAUUUUUAUUGCCAGACCCUUUGUCUUGCUGCCAACAACCUGAAUCAUCUAUCCCAAAAUUGUGAGGUUGUAGACAUUUUUCUUCUUCUUAUAUCUAACAUGCAAGAGUUUGCUGCAUUAAAGAAGAUCUGUACUUGAAAUGUAAUCGCAAAGUACUUGAUUUUACAAGUACUUUUUGUUCAAGUGCAGUUUCUUUGCAGUCGAGUGUACAGAAAAGUACCAAGUGCAGUACUUGACCCCAAUCCUGUUUCACACAUCACUGAACGAGGAUGUACACACACUCACACACACACUUACGCAAGCACAUAAACUCACACAAGGCUGGGACUAUCUGGGACUGCUGCUUCCUGAAGAGGGAGGAGCUAAUACUUUCCCCGCAGCCUAUUGGUGGAUCUUCCUGCAGUUCGGUUCCUUAAUGUUUAAGGAGGUGGUUCCAAUCAAGGUGACGUGUACCAUUAUUUGAUUUGAUUUUGUUGUUCUAAUUAUUGUUGUCGUUGUUGUUUUCAUAUUAUCGAAGGGUAAUGCAUUCACUUAUGGGUUUGUAAUGAUUAUACUGUCACCAAGAGGCAGUCUUUUGCACGCCGUAGCUUUAAGAGCAUGUUUUUUGGGACAAAUCUUGAUCUCCUCCCAUGUUGUUGGGUUUUUCCUCAUGGCGUCACUCCUGUUUAGAGUUUCUGUCUCUUAAUGUCGCUCUUUCAUAUUUCAUCCCUUCAUCGCCUUCUUCGCUAUCGCUGCUGUCUACGGACGCCGGAUUAACAAUGUGCUCCUGUAUUGUGCUGGCGAGACCCCAGAUGAUUUUAUGGUACAAUUACAAGUUAGAAAUGUGACAACAAAAUAAUUACAAAACUUAGAACUGUAUUUUCUGGAGUACUAGUUUCACGGUUUGGUUUUUUUUUACUAGUUUGGAAGGACCCGCGACUUACAUACUGGUGUGACUGAUACACUGAAAAGUCCCGCAAUCAUUAAUAAUAAU